CACGGGGCAGGUUACCCUCUCAGCGUUCAACGAAUCGUUAACGGAACAUCAUGCCUCUACCCAGCGCGAGAGCUUUGACAAGUGAACAUAUGAAGCUGGUAACGCACGCAGUGGCGCACGAGACGCAUAGUUGCUGAUGCCGCUGAACUAACGGUCACAUACAAGAAAGAUUAGGUGUUGCUGGUACUUAUCCGCUUUUAAUAUCGGAGGGAGAAUAACAGUAGGCUAUCCAGUUUUGACAAAUAAUUCUGCAGUCGGACGAAAACAACAUUUUUUUUAUCUUUCAAUUUACCGGGGUGGCACUUCAAGAAGAGGGCUAUACAGCCUCUCCAAGUCGAACUAAACUGGAGACGGUUUGCCUUCUGCGCCCGCCACGCGAGAACGCACCACACCGUCUCAUCGGUGGAACAGUCUCGAUUAUCAUAAGAUAAAAAAAUUGUGCGUAAACCGACAUGGAUCAGUCUCUGCAGUUUGUGACUCUCUACCUGCUGGUGUUGUCCCUAGGGUUGAUGGUGGAGGACGGCGUCUGUCAGCACUACUACCUCCUCCGUCCGAUCCCCAGCGACACCCUGCCGCUUGUGGAACUAAAAGAGGACCCAGACCCCGUCUUCGACCCAAGAGAAAGGGACCUUAACGAGACCGAGCUCAAAGCUGUGUUGGGGGAGUUCGACGCCAGGUUUCUGUCUGUCACGCCACCGGAGGACAAGUACACCGGGAACGAAGAUCUGGAUGACGUCGAGGUUGAGUUAAAGCCCGGCGGAGCAAUGCCAAAAGAAAUCAAAGCGAUGGAUUUUGACAUUCAGUUUGGCAAAAAGCAAAAGCCGAGUAAGAAACUCAAACGGAGGCUGCAGCAGUGGCUGUGGUCUUAUUCGUUCUGUCCGGUAAGAUACACCUGGACCGACCUCGGGAACAGAUUCUGGCCCCGGUACGUUCGUGCGGGCAGUUGCCUUAGCAAAAGAUCGUGUUCGGUACCGGAGGGUAUGGUCUGCAAACCGGCGAACUCAACUCAUCUCACGGUACUGAGAUGGCGAUGUAUCCACAGGCGGGGGGUGCUGAAAUGUUCCUGGAUACCUGUCCAAUACCCCAUCAUAACAGAGUGCAAAUGUUCCUGCUCGAACUGAAAUUAAACGACUGCCUUUCCCCAGAAUAAAUUAUGAUCAUCAUUUGUGAUUUUAUAUUUUUUUUGUAUACACUACCGAGUGUAGGAAUGUAUUGUUUGUAUAUCAGGCGCCUUUCAAUUAUAACUUCUUGUACAAAGUCAGUAUUACAUGUAACCAGAGUCAACUAUAUUUGUGGAAAAAAAUGGUUAGCCUAUUAGGCAUAUCGUUUUUGUUCGUAUUUAUGGAGACGGCGCGUGGCACCGUUAAAGACUGGUUUCUAUCUAUCGACCUCAGAUUAAAUAUGGAUUAUUGUAUUUUCAACGGUUUAUCAUGUAAAUUAAGAGACCUGCUAUUUAUUCUUUGUAUUCAUAUAAUAAACUGUCACUGAAAUGAUUCAUACUAGAUG